AUGUUGAGAGCUCUGAGCACACGAAAUGGACGGCGUUAUGAGAAGAUAGAGGAGGGCGGCCAGUCUAGUGCUGUUUUGGAAGCUCAGUUGAACAAAUCCAGGAGCUUGCCUGCAAAACUAUUUGGUUCGCAGCAGAAAUCAACAAGAGGGCAGACUGCUGAAGAAAAAUCUGCUGCAAAACAAGCCAGGACGGUCAGCAAGAUUCACCCGAUGUUUAACCUCUUUGAUCCCCGUCUGAGAAAGAAAGCCACAGCAAAUCCAGAAUUCUCCAGAUACUUGGAAUAUCUCAAGGAAGAAGGUACAGCGGGCUUGGGUCCAACUCCAAAUAUGCCCGUAAUCCACGAAACAUAA